AUGGCCGAACAAAUAAAACAAUUAUCUGAAGUGCUUGAUGCGCUUCUAAAGCAGAAAUCGAGCGGUAAAGAACAGGAUUCAAAUUCACUUAAUGCCUUGCUUGAUACUGUUCUCCCCUCAUACCUGGGCAGGUCUCUUAGCCAAGAAGAAGUGCAUGUCGUUCUCAAAAUCUUCCAAGCCUUGAGAUUGUUACUCUCUAGAAGUCCUAGCUUGAUUAUAGAGAACGAAAUUUAUAAAAAAUUGUUGAAAUACAUCAAAGUUUUCUACGAUUCUAUACAAUAUCCGAAGGAACUAUCCGAUUCUGCCAACCUGACUUUGGUUCAAGUAAUCUCUGCCGCAUUUACCGGAGGCAAACUUAGAAACAACAAGUAUUUACUUGCUAUUCGAAAUGAUCUUAUAGAAACACUUGAAGUCAACUUGAAGCAAUUGUUGCGGAGCAUAUUGAGUACCUCCAACAACAAUGAUAAUACUUCCAGUAAAGGUGUGAUAAUGUAUGCUAAUGAAAUUGCUUCGGAGAAUGAUCGCAAAUUUUCCAAGCUCAGUGUUUCUAUACGAAUUCUUCAGGUGCUUUUGAAUCCCACUUUAAGGAAUAUAUUCAUGCUUCAUUUACAAUGUUCUAUGCUUCUGGAUAACUUUAUUAGAAGAACAUGGUUUUGCAUGAACAACAUAGUCAUUAAUUUGGACUUGAAAAGGGAAGAAGGUGAAGGUGUUACUGGAGAUUCUGAUCUCGGAGUCGCAUAUCUUUCACAGACUUCCGUGCCUUCUAUUGCUUAUAAGUUUGAUCAACUCUUUGCUGUACUAUUGAACUCCACCGUGGGGUAUUUCAAUGAUGAUGACGAUUGUCAGAUGAACAUUUUGGAUCUCGCAUUAUCACAGUGCAAACAGCUACUCAAUUGGGCACUUAUCGCAAAAUUCCCUUCAUUGCAGGUGGUACUUGCUGAAUCAUUGAUGAAACUACUUUUAAAGUGCCGUGAACUUGGAACCUGCGUAUAUUUCUGGAAUAAAACUGAUCUAUGCUUUGAUAAGAGAAUCUUUAUUGUUGGAUACAUGAAUGGGGAUCUUCACCAGGACUUGUAUAUAACCAUAAAUCUCUUACUUGUGCUAAAUGCAUCAUCAAAAGGCAUCACCGCUAGAGAAAGCUCCAUGGUUAUUGUCGAUCGUGCCAUCAAGCCUUAUGUUAACAGAAUGCUUGACUCUAUCAGAGAGAGAUUGUUAAGGUCAUUCGCUUCAGAUGAUGUUUCGAUGAAUCUUGAUUUUCUGUUGAGGCUCACCGAUGGGAAAUCCCUUUUAUAUUUAAAUCACUCAUAUUCACAAAUGUCACUCUUGCAGAUUGUGAAAGGGGACCCCACUUCUGGAUAUUCCGCGAGACAGACCUUGGCUAAAUGGCUACAUUCCUUAGAAAGUCUACUCAACACAUCGCCGGAUUCAAUACUAGGUUCUUCUAUUGGCAAGCACUAUCUAAUAAACUCCCUUGGGAGAUUUGCAUGCAUACUAAAUGAUGAUUUCGAUUUCACCAGGAAGUGCUGCGAGCGAUGCGACUCUUGCUUGGAUGAAAGACAUUAUAAUCCAGACCUUGUCGAUGUCAAUAGACCUUCUUAUAAAGAUGAUUCCAUAAUGUAUUCCGCUUACAAAAUUCUUGAGGAUCGAUUUAUGGUAGAAAAACCAUUACUCGACGAUGAACAACUGGUAUUAUCACUUCUUAUCAGUCUUGGAAGAAUAUUUAGAACUUAUAGGCCACCGCCCUUAUCGAAGGGAACUGUAUUGUGGAGUUUUAUCCAGAAAUGCUUUGUUAGUGUUGUUAGAGAGAUCCGAAUGAUGACAGUUAGGCUUCUUCCACUUAUUCUCUACUGUCCCGAAGGAGCACAGUAUCAUUCGGACCUUGAUCACAUAUUGGGCUUUUUGAGCUCAUUUGCUCCUAGCAGAUCCACAAGUUAUAUAUUUGAAGGAAUCAUCGUAUCAUGGGGAGAACUCCUUUGUAUUUCAAAGUUGGACUCCAAGUAUUUUGUACUUUUGAACCCAUUGAUUCAAUUUAUGGGUGAUAAUGACGAGUUUAGAUCGAACUUAGCUUUGCAUGAAAUUCGUAUAGUGGCUUCAACUAGGCGCGUAACUCCAUGGAAGCUUGUUGAACCUUUUAUUCCCGUGAUAAGCUGCGAUUUGUUGACAAAGCAAAUUACAAAUCCUGGAUUGCUUCUCAAUUUCUGCGAAUGUAUUGAGAUGAAUGUCAGCGCUUUUCUCAAUAGAACUCAAGAUUACACUAUCCCAAGACUUAUCCAAUACUUUGAUAGCGAUCCAAUUGGAUUUAUUGCUAAGCAGUUAGAGCAGUCUAAAACAAGAUUGGUGUCGGCAAAUUUGUGCAAAUGCUCUGCACUACUAUUAGUUUCUGAAGACGUGAUCUCUCCUGCCAAAAUAACAAAAAUCUUGAGUAUUUUUAUUCCUAGAUACAAAAAAGCGAGCCUCCAAUUGAUUCUUAGGGAAUUGAAUGUAUUGGAACUGAUAUGGGAACUUAUGUCUCUCUACAACUGCACUCCAGAACUGCUGAAGAGGAUCCGCAAUGCUAUUGUUUGUGUCUGCGUUGCCAGACGUGCAUCUGAUAUCCCUAUAAACGGUGAACAAGAAGAGUCUUCACUACUAGAUGAUCAGAUGAAAUUGACCGUUUUGGGUCUUGCACAGGAUUUCUCCGAUAUUAUUCACAACAACAAGGGAAGCAAACCUUUUAUUGAGAAAGUUCAAGCUAUCAGGGCCAUUUGGUGUCUUACAGAACUAUCUCCAAGGUUUGAUGCCUGCCUUUCACAGAUUAUGACUUGCUUACAGCUUGCUUUGGAGUCGUUUGAACUUCAGUACGAAGGAUUGGAGUGCUUAAGAGUUAUAGUGUCACGUUUGAAGUAUUUACAACUCUCUAUUAUUGUUGAUCUUCUGAUUUCCUACCUCAUUCAAAAGUAUACGGAUUUCAACAUGAAAUGCCGCUCCAUUGCUAAAGCAAUCUUGAAGGACAUCUUCCAAAAGGAUCCCCGCAUAAUUAAAGAGCAUCCUUCUUACGUAUAUUCUUUGGCGUCUUCAAAUACUGAUCUCAGUGAAAUUGUCACUUGCAACUUUUGGACACGAAAUAUCCUUGUCGAAUUCUCAAGAAGACUCCGCGCUGAUAACAAGUGGGUAGUUUCGUUGGUGUUGAGAGAUUUACUCACCUUCUUUGAUAUACGGCAGAUUGACGUACAAAAAACAUACAUCAGUGAUGUUGUACUUGUAGGGCCUCUUUCUUCGUUAAUCAGUGCCCUUCUGGGAGCAUCAAAUAGAUUUUCUGUCACUUGUACCGACAUUCCAAAGAAGUGCUCUCUUGUUCUCUCCAUGAUCGGUGCAUUAGAUCCGUCGAAAUUUGGCUCAUUCUUCCAUAGACAUACAAAAAAUCUUGUCCUCGUAACCAAUUUGACGAAAGAAAGAGAGAUAGAAGAGUUCUCUAUUUAUUUUCUGAACAACAUCUUGAUGAAGUGUUUCAUUGCGUCGAGUGAUCCCCAGAAGCAACUUUAUUUGGCAUACACAAUGCAGCAAUAUCUGAAGAUCUUAAAGCUUACUGAUGAGAAGAUCAAGGAACGGGGAAGCAAGGAGAAUAUAUUUUGGUCGAAGUUAAGUAACCUUUCUCAGACAGUUUUGAAGCCAUUACUUGUUUCUCGCUAUACUAAGAAUAUGUCUACCCAUAAGUUAUUGAUGUAUCCAACAUACAAGGAAACCAAGAAGCAUUCCAAAUGGUUGACAGACUUCACAGAGGAUCUUACAUUUAGGGCUGCCACUGCCGAAAGGAUGCCUAGAAUGGCUCGACAGAUAUUUGAGAGCUGCACUGUCAUUAUCAGAGAUCAGGAUCUCAGUAUAUGCGAAUUCUUACUUCCAUAUUUGGCGUUGUUAUUAGUGGUUUACGGGGAGAAUGACACUUAUGCCAACAUUGAAAUUGAAAUAACCACUGUUCUCACUCAAGAUAUUGAAGAUCUUGCUAGCGACUUUGCUGUGGAGAGUUUGAAAAGUUGUUACCGUACUGUUUUUUCCAUCAUUGACUACUUUAGAGAGUGGAUAUCUGAAAGAAAGAGAGAUAGAAAACAUCUUCGCUCAACGUCAGCCGUCAAGGAGAGGGAAAUCGUGGAGCAAUUCUUAGCGGAUUUACCAACAGAAAUUUUGGCCAAGCGUACGGCUCAAUGCAACUCUUAUGAGCGUGCCAUAUUCAACUUGGAGCAGAGUUACCAAACAGAGAAGAUGAGUGAGAACGAGUUUUUCAAUACCAUCAGACAUAUGUAUGCAGAGCUAAACGAUAUGGAUGCAUUACAAGGUGUUCUAAAGAAAUUUUCGGCGAACAGUCUCAACGACAAAUUGAUGCAGUUUCAGUAUAGUGAAGAUUGGGAAGUAACCCACGAGUCGUUAGCGGCAAUUGCAGAAGCUGAAUAUCCAAAUAUAGGGGGAACUCUUGUUUCUGCCGAUCGAGAGGCACUUCGUAGACAGGAUAAGUCAGUUCGUAUUACCUCGUUGUUGAAAUGCCUAGAUGAUCAUUGUCAGUACGACCAGGUUCUAUUGGAGUUGGGGAGAUACCAGAGUCUUACUCUUGGUAGCCAUUGGAUUGACUCUAAGGAUAUGUUUUUGUGUGGGCUACAGGCCUCAAUUUUUACUGGUGAGUUGAACCAACUAUGCAAAUGGGUUAGAUUAUCAGAGCAGAGUACUUCAAUAACAUCUCCUGGAUCUGAACUUUCCAUUUAUUACGAAUUUGCUCAAGCACUCAUCAGAUUGCAUGAAAAUGAUAUCUCCUGUUGUUUAGAUCAUGCUGAAAGGGCUUCUUCGUACGUCGGACUCGCAUUAUCUGUUUCUAAGGAGAUAUCACAUACCAAAAUUGCCGACUAUAUGGUUCUGCUACAUUGUCUGUAUGAUUUCUCUCUCUUGGCUAAAUUAAAAUCUGGUCCAUCUUUAGAAACAAGUUUCAAGCUACUUCGUUAUCGACAAGGUAACACAAUGAAAGAUUUUCGUACGAGGUGGAAGAUUCAAUCUCUCAAAAAGGCCAUAGUGAAGUUACAUCCUAUAGAGGAAGUUAGACAGCAACUUAGCAGUACACUAGUGGAGAGCUCACAGCUUUUACGCGAGUAUGGAAGACUUGAUCUAGCUACUAAAAACAUAACUCACGCUCUUACACUUGGUACGGAUAACUCUUUUGUGAAUUUUGAAUUCGCUCAAUUGCUUUGGGCACAAGGUGGCCAUCGACAAGCACUCAAAACUUUAAAAAGCGUUAUUGACAGUGAGAAAAUCAAGUCGCCUGAGAUGGCCCUUCAGUACACACAGUGGUUGGAAAAUUCAGCCAAUGGUAGUUCCGAUGAGAUUAUUAAAGGUUAUCGGUCAGUAGCUCAGGAUAACAAGAAUCUGGAAUUCUGCGGCAAGGCUCAAUACUAUCUAGGACGGUAUUACAAUAAAUUGCUCGACGCACAGGAGAUCGAAACCCCAGGGUUGAAACGACUAGAGAAGGAUUUUUAUGGUGAUUUGGAGUUUAAUGUUAUUAAGGCAUACAUGAGAUCAGCUUCUUUCUCUACUGAGUACUUGUUUGAAGUGCUACCUAAAGCUGUGACUAUUUGGCUUGACUAUUCGACUAAGUAUCGCGACUCAAAGCUGCUUAGAUCAUACUCCAGCGAGAUUAUUAUGGCCAAGAGGAAUGAUAACUACUCUGGCAUUUUGAAAUUUAUUACUAUGUGUAUUAAUGACGGCGAGACAUACAAGUGGUACACGGUUCUUUCGCAGUUAAUAUCGCGUAUGAUUCAUGGAGAUAAGGAUACAGAGACCCUUAUUUUGCACAUAAUUACCCAGAUGGCAAUGAAGUAUCCGCAGGUGAUCUUGUAUUCCGUCUAUUCUCAGGUACAGUCUGAUUCUUCCGAGAGACGCAAGAGAGGUCAGAAGAUUUGUGCUUCUCUUCAGAAUGCACGUGAUGAAGUUCUCGUAAACCAGGUUCAGUCCGCAUUUGAAUUACUUGAAGCAUUAAAGGGAAUAUGCCAAGCAAGAACAUCCAAGGAGGGCAAAGUUAAGUUAUGGGAAGAUCUAAAAUUCUCCUUUAGGAGAGGUUCAGAAUGCCUUUCUUUGGCACUACCAAUCAGAGCCAACUUUGAUAGGCUUCACUCGCCCGUGCUUACCACGAAAUCAAAAUCGACUAAGCACCAUAACAUUGAUAACUUUAUCACUUUCUCGAAAUUUGAGCCCGAGGUCAGUAUUUUAAGUUCCAUGCAGAAGCCCAGAAAGAUAUAUGUCAUUGGAAGUGAUAACAAACGCUACAGCAUUCUUUGCAAGCCAAACGAUGACUUAAGAAAAGAUAGUAAGCUGAUGGAGUUUGCUACAGUCAUGGAUAGACUUUUGCAGACGGAUAUCGAGUCGGAGAAGAGAAGCCUUUCCAUAACAUCAUACGCCGUGGUGCCACUCAAUGAAAACAUGGGUUUGAUCGAAAUGGUGGAUAACGUGCGGACCAUCAGAGACAUCAUGCUAAUGUAUCUUCAAUGGCAAGGAAAUCGGUUUGAUUACGCAAAAAUGAAGACUCUUAUGGGAGAUCCUGCUCUAUCUUUGAGUGAAAAGCUUCAUAACUAUGAAAAACUGAAGACAUACUAUAGACCCGUCUUGCAGCUUUGGUUUGCAGAUAAGUUUCCCAAUCCAGUUAACUGGUACGAAGCACGGAAUAGGUAUACGAGAUCAUGUGCCGUGAUGUCGAUCGUAGGAUAUUUACUCGGAAUGGGCGACAGGCAUGGUGACAACAUUCUUUUGAACGAAAUCACAGGCCAGAUAUUGCAUGUCGACUUUGAUUGUUUGUUUGAUAAGGGUAAGAAACUACAAGUUCCGGAAAGAGUACCUUUCAGAUUGACUCAAAAUAUGGUGGCUGCAAUGGGCGUUAAUGGGUACGAGGGAACAUUUAGGAAAGCAUGUGAGGUGACCAUGAGAUUGAUUCGGCAGAAUGAAAACAUCUUGAUGAACAUUUUAGAAACUUUCCUAUAUGAUCCUAUUUUAGAUUGGAAGAAAACAUCCAAAAAGAGAAGAGGUGUGGACCAUAACCCUGAUAGCAGCUCCAAGCUACAACCACAAGUGGCUCUGAAUACCAUUCGAAGGAAAAUUAAGGGCAUAUUGGAUCCUAGGGAUCUUGAUACGGGUGCUAAAGAUAGCGGCGGACUCUCGGUGUCUGUAAAUGCACAAGUAGAUGGAGUGAUACAACAGGCCACUUCAGAUGAAAAUUUAGCCCAGAUGUAUAUUGGAUGGAUGGCAUUUUUAUAG